GACAUUGUUCGUAUUAAUAUGGCAAUAAAACAAAGAACACUGCUAAAUAAUCAAGCAUUUCUUGAUGCAUGUAAUUAUGCCAAAGAAGGAAGUGGUAGAAUUCAUUAUUUAGGAUUGGUGAGUGAUGGAGGAGUUCAUUCACAUAUUGAUCAUCUUCUUGGAUUGCUUGAACUUACAAAACUGCUUGAUGUUCCAAAGUGCUUUGUUCACUUUUUUGCAGAUGGUAGAGAUACCAGACCAACCAGUGCAGUCAAUUAUUUAAAGCAAGUACAAGAUAAAAUUGAGGAAUUGCAGUAUGGUUCCAUAGCAACUGUCAUGGGUCGUUAUUAUGCCAUGGAUAGAGAUAAGCGACAUGAAAGAAUUAAAAUUGCUUAUGAAGGUUUGACCCAAGGAAUUGGUCAAAAAGUCACUGCUCAAAAUGUUAUAGAGGUAAUACAAAGUCGAUAUGAUGCUAAUGGAGAAGAAAGGCAAACUGAUGAGUUCUUGAAACCUAUUAUUCUAAAUGAGGAUGGUGUUAUUAGAGAUGGUGACAGCCUAAUAUUCAUUGAUUUCCGAUCUGACCGUAUGCGACAAAUAGUUGAAGCAUUUGCUGUUCAAAGGCAUUUUGAGACUGCUUUUGUUCCUAAAAAUUUGAAAAUCACUUGCAUGACAGAAUAUAAAAAAGAAUUUGGACUCCCUGUUUUGUUUUCACCUGACACACCUAAAAAUGUCCUUGCGGAAGUCCUUUCUUCUCACAAAAUCAAACAGUAUCAUUGUGCUGAAACUGAAAAAUAUGCACAUGUUACAUUUUUCUUCAAUGGAGGGGUUGAAAAAGCAUUUGAAUUGGAAGAAAGAAAACUUGUCCCAUCACCCAAGGUUGCAACUUAUGAUUUAAAACCUGAAAUGAGUGCUCAUGAAGUUGGCCAAGUAAUGGUUGAAGCAAUAAGCAGUGAAGAAUUCCCAUUUGUAAUGUGCAAUUUUGCCCCUCCAGAUAUGGUUGGUCACACUGGAGUUUACGAGCCAACUAUAAAAGCUUGUGAAGUAACAGAUAAAGCAAUUGGUGCUAUCCAAUCAGCUUGUUUAGAACACGGUUACACACUGAUGGUUACAUCAGAUCAUGGCAAUGCUGAGCAGAUGUUUAGUGAGCAAGGUGGUCCACACACUGCCCAUACUACCAAUAGAGUUCCUUUCUGUGUUGUUGGAAGAAAGUUUCGUAAAAUUGAUCAUAAUGCAGCUUUAUGUGAUGUUGCAGUAACAGUUUUACAAGAAAUGGGCAUUGAGCAACCAAAAGAAAUGACAGGGCAAGCUUUGUUGUGCAUGUAAAUUUUGUCUUGGACAAUUUUAGAUUUCAAGAUAAAUUUAUAAUAUUAUA